AUGCAGGAGUCUGGGGGCACCUGUCCUGGCAGCCCCAGGGGUGCUGCCGAGGGGCGGUGGCCGGGCCUGUGCCGCGGCGAGAUCGAAUUCGGAGGGUCUGGGAAGAAGCGAGGCAGGUUCGUGAAGGUGCCCAGCAGCGUGGCCCCCUCCGCGCUCUUCGACCUCCUGCUGGCCGAAUGGCACCUGCCGACCCCCAACCUCGUGGUGUCCCUGGUGGGUGUGGAGCGGCCUUUCGCCAUGAAAUCCUGGCUGCGGGACGUCCUGCGCAAGGGCCUGGUGAAGGCAGCUCAGAGCACAGGCGCCUGGAUUCUGACCAGUGCUCUCCGCACGGGCCUCGCCCGGUACGUGGGGCAGGCGGUGCGUGACCACUCGCUGGCCAGCACGUCCAUCAAGGCCCGCGUGGUGGCCAUCGGCAUCGCCUCACUGGGCCGUGUGCUGCACCGUCGGCUUCUGGACGACGCCCAGGAGCACAGCCCUGUCCACUACCCCACGGACAAUGGCGGUGGCCAAGGCCCCCUCUGCUCCCUGGACAACAACCACUCCCACUUCAUCCUGGUGGAGCCAGGGCCCCCCAGGAAGGGGGACGGGCAGACAGAGCUGUGGCUGAGGCUGGAGAAACACAUCUCGGAGCAGAGGACCAGCUAUGGGGGUACCAGCAGCAUUGAGAUCCCCGUCCUCUGUCUGCUGGUCAACGGCAACCCCAGCACCCUGGAGAGGAUCUCCAGGGCUGUGGAGCACGAGGCCCCGUGGCUGAUCCUGGCAGGCUCGGGGGGCGUCGCCGACGUGCUGGCUGCCCUCAUGAGCCAGCCCCACCUCCUGGGGCCCCAGGUGGCCGAGAAGCAGUUUAAGGAGAAGUUCCCCAGCGAGCAUUUCUCCUGGGAGGACAUCCUGCACUGGACAGAGCUGCUGCAGAACAUCGCCUGCCAUUCCCACCUGCUCACGGUGCAUGACUUCGAGCAGGAGGGCUCCGAGGAGCUGGACACCGUCAUCCUCAAGGCCCUGGUCAAAGCCUGCAAGAGCCACAGCCAGGAGGCACAGGACUACCUGGACGAGCUCAAGCUGGCGGUGGCCUGGGACCGCGUGGAUAUCGCCAAGAGUGAAAUCUUUAACGGGGACGUCGAGUGGAAGUCCUGCGACCUGGAGGAGGUGAUGAUGGACGCGCUGGUGAGCAACAAGCCCGAGUUCGUGCGUCUCUUUGUGGACCACGGCGCCAAUGUGGCCGACUUCCUGACGUACGGGCGGCUGCAGCAGCUGUACCGCGCCGUGCCCCCCAAGAGCCCACUCUUCGAGCUGCUGCAGCGCAAACAUGAGGAGGGCUGGCUGGCACUGCAGGCCCGGGGGCCGCCCGCGGGGCCGCCCGCCUUCUCCCUGCACGAGGUCUCCCGCGUGCUCAAGGACUUCCUGCACGACGCCUGCCGCGGGCUCUACCAGGCGGAGAGGGGCCUGGCCAGGCGGCCCACUGCCCAGAAGUGGCAGCUGGACCUGAGCCAGAAGAGCGAGAACCCGUGGAGGGACCUGUUCCUGUGGGCCGUGCUGCAGAACCGGCACGAGAUGGCCAGCUACUUCUGGGCCAUGGGCCAGGAGGGUGUGGCAACCGCUCUGGCCGCCUGCAAGAUCCUCAGAGAGAUGGCACACCUGGAAACGGAGGCCAAGUAUGAGCGGCUGGCUCUGGGCCUCUUCUCCGAGUGCUACAGCAACAGCGAGGACCGCGCCUUUGCCCUGCUGGUGCGCAGGAACCGUUGCUGGAGCAGGACCACCUGCCUGCACCUGGCCACCGAGGCCGACACCAAGGCCUUCUUUGCCCACGAUGGGGUGCAGGCCUUCCUGACUAAGAUCUGGUGGGGGGACAUGGCCUCGGACACGCCCAUCCUGCGGCUGCUGGGCGCCUUCCUGUGCCCUGCCCUCCUCUACACCAACCUCAUCACCUUCAGUGAGGAGGCCCCACUGAGGACAGGCCUGGAGGACCUGCAGGAGCUGGACAGCCUGGACACGGAGACGAGCCUGCUCUGCAGCCCAGGCAGCGGGGAGGAAGAGCCGGCAGAAGCACCGAGGACUCAUGGCAGCCGAGGCCCACGUGUGGCCUUCCUGCUCACACGCUGGCGGAAGUUCUGGGGUGCGCCUGUGACCGUGUUCCUGGGGAACGUGGUCAUGUACUUUGCGUUCCUCUUCCUGUUCACCUAUGUCCUGCUGGUAGACUUCAGGCCACCUCCCCAGGGGCCAUCGGGGCCUGAGGUCACCCUCUACUUCUGGGUCUUUACACUGGUGCUGGAGGAGAUCCGGCAGGGCUUCUUCACAGAUGAGGACACACACCUGGUGAAGAAGUUCACGCUCUACAUGGAGGACAACUGGAACAAGUGUGACAUGGUGGCCAUCUUCCUGUUUAUUGUCGGCGUCACCUGCAGGAUGCUGCCCUCGGUGUUCGAGGCGGGCCGCACGGUGCUCGCCGUGGACUUCAUGGUGUUCACACUCCGCCUCAUCCACAUCUUCGCCAUCCAUAAGCAGCUGGGCCCCAAGAUCAUCAUCGUGGAGAGGAUGAUGAAGGACGUCUUCUUCUUCCUCUUCUUCCUGAGCGUGUGGCUCGUGGCCUACGGCGUGACCACCCAGGCGCUGCUGCACCCCCACGACGGCCGCCCCGAGUGGGUCUUCCGCCGCGUGCUCUACCGGCCCUACCUGCAGAUCUUCGGGCAGAUCCCACUGGACGAGAUAGAUGAGGCCCGCGUGAACUGCUCGGCACACACGCGGCUGCGGGAGGACUCGCGCUCCUGCCCCAACCUCUACGCCAACUGGCUGGUCAUCCUGCUGCUGGCCGCCUUCCUGCUGGUCACCAACGUGCUGCUCAUGAACCUGCUCAUCGCCAUGCUCAGCUACACCUUCCAGGUGGUGCAGGGCAACGCGGACAUGUUCUGGAAGUUUCAGCGCUACCACCUCAUCGUGGAGUACCACGAGCGCCCGGCCCUGGCGCCGCCCUUCAUCCUCUUCAGCCACCUGGGCCUGGUGCUCAGGAGGGUCCUCCGAAAGGGGGCCGGGCAGAAGCGGGCGCACCUGGAGAGAGACCUGCCGGAGCCCCUGGACCAGAAGAUGGUCACCUGGGAGGCGGUUCAGAAGGAGAACUACCUGAGCAAACUGGAAAAGCAGAAGAGGGAGAGCGAGGAGGAGGUGCUGCGGAAAACUGGCCACAGGGUGGACUUCAUAGCCAAGCACCUUGCGGGGCUGAGAGAACAGGAGAAGCGCAUCCGAGGUCUGGAGUCCCAGGUCAACUACUGCACCGUGCUCCUGUCCUCCAUGGUCGACACGCUGGCCCAGGGCAGCGCCUGCCGCCACUCGUGCAACUUUGGCAGCGGGAACCGGCAGCCCCCCGACCACGGAGGCGGCCCGGGUAGCAGGGAGCACCCAGAGGCUGCCCCGCUGGCCUCGGAGACCUGAGCCGCCUGGACUGUCAGCACCUGGGGCCCACGUCUCCCAGAGCCCUGGGCCUGGCCCUCUGGCCCCACCGGGGUGGCCUCCCUGGGCCUGGGAGCUUAGCAGGCCCUCUCCCCAUGGCUGGAGCCUCAAAACCAGCCAGCCUGGGCCAGGACAGCAAACACCUGAGAGCACCUGUCGGAGGCACCUCCCCGCAGGGUGGGGGGGGAAGUCUUG